AUGUUUAAUCGGUGUUAUAAAGAUAUCAUCGUUAUUUUGAAAAGCGGUCUAACUGCUUUUCCAGAAGAGAUUAACUAUCUUUUCGAACUGGAAAGAUAUGGUUGCCCAAAUUUCCUGAGAAGACUCGUAUCAUGUUUUAAUGACGAAGACAUCAAAACAAUGACUGACUUAAUGGAAGCUCUCCGAAUUCCUUUAAUGGCCAAAAUCGAGAUCAACGUAAUUGUAUUUUUAAUUAUUAUAGAAAGGAAAAUGGCAUCCCAUGCUUUAAGAUAUUACAUGAACAUUAUGUAUGAUAAUGACUGUAGACUGAGUGCCAUUGGGUUCCUUGAAGCUUGUGUUUCUUACAAAUUUUUAAUCAGAGAAACAUUAGACGCAAUCGACAGUAAUGAUUUUGAGGAACUUGUUUGCAUUGCUUUGGAAUGUGAAUUUGAAGUUAAAAGAUCUUUAAUUACAAUUAUUUCAAAGUAUAUCGAAUUUCACAGGUUUGAUGCUGUAGAAGCAGCUGUUCAGAUUGGAAUACUCAAAGCGAUCAAAUCUUUCAUUUCAGAUCACAUCCAGUUAGUUCUUGAUUCUCUUAACGCUAUUAUUGGGAAGUACUAUGAAGAAAAACGAGGAGAUGUCAUAUAUAGUUUUAUUGAAGAAAACAAAAUCAUCAAGAAAUUGAACGAAGCUUAA